CGGGCCCCCAGGCGGAGCGGCGGGCGCCGGACCCCCAGGCGGGAGCGACAGGUCACCGGGCCCCCCAGACGGGAGCGGCGGGCGCCGGACCCCCAGGCGGAGCGACAGGUCUCCGGGCCCCCAGGCGGAGCGGCGGGCACCGGACCCCCAGGCGGAGCGACAGGUCUCGGACCCCCAGGCGGAGCGGCGGGCACCGAGUCACCAGGCACAACACGGGCACCGCGUCAUCUGGCAAGGCAGUGGGCACCAAGUCACCAGGCACGACAGUGGGCUCUGAGUCAAUUGGCACGACAGCGGGCACCGGGUCAUCAGGUACCGGAU